AUGCCUUCCAUACUUGCUGUCCUUCUCAUCCUUGGGCUGGGUCUGAGCCAGAGGACCACCACCCAGAAGCAGAUGCUCUCGAAACCUGCCAUCUGGGUCAGACCCAGUUUCAUGAUCCCAAAGGGAAGACCAGCUGCCAUCGGGUGUCGGGGAGCUGGCGAGGCUGUGGAGUACCAACUGCACUUUGAGGGGGACCUUUCUGCCUCGGAGAGACCGAAGUCACCCCCAGUGAUGAACUGGGUGAAGUUCCCCAUCCCGGCCAUGACCUCACACACCGCAGGGCAAUACAGGUGCUCCUACCGAAGUGGGGAGCUCUGGUCAGAGCUCAGCGACCCUCUGGAGCUGGUGGUAACAGGACUGUAUGACACACCCACACUGUCAGUUGAACCCAGGUCUGAGGUGACCUCAGGAGAGAAUGUGACCUUCCGUUGCCAGCUGGAGACAGCUACAAGCACAUUCUUCCUGCUCAAGGGGGGACGAUCCAGCCGCCCCCAGCUCAGAUACGGGAACCUGCGGGCAGAGUUCCACCUGGGCCCUGUGACCCCAGCACACAGAGGGACAUACAGAUGCUUCGGCUCCUACAACAACCACGCAUGGUCUUUCCCCAGCAAGCCUGUGAAGCUCCUGGUCAAAGGAGACGCCGGGGACACCACCUUCGCGCCCACUGAGCACACCUCUUCUGACUACUGGGACUCCUACGAGUUAACCACAGGGACCCAGUCGCAGAAAGACCAUUUCCUCUGGAAUCACAUGGUCCAGAAUCUCAUCCGGCUUGGCCUGGCUGUCCUGGUCCUGAUGGCCCUCAUGGGGCUCCUGCUUGAAGACUGGCUUCACAGGAGGAAGUCUGGAGAGAGAACCCAUGGGGCUUCACGUCGGGGGUGUAGGAGACAGCUCUGA